AUGAAGGCACGCGCAGCCGUGGCGUUUGCGAGCCUGGCGGCCUCUUCCUGGGCCAUGAACAGGGAGCCGCCGCCCAUCUUCUUCAACCAGCCUCCCAUGGGCUUCAACAGCUGGGCGCGCUACACGACCAACGUCAACGAGACCCUCCUCGUCGAGACGGCCAACUCCAUGGCCAGGAACGGGCUCCUGCAAGCCGGGUACAAUCGUAUCAAUCUCGACGAGGGCUGGUCGCUCCCGGAGCGAGGCAUCAACGGCUCCCUGGUCGCGGAUCCCGACAAGUUCCCCACGGGUCUCAAGUGGCUCACCGAGUACUUGAACAUGACGGGCUUCAUCUCCGGCAUACACGCCGACGCCGGCAGCAUGACGUGCGGCAAGAACCCCGGCUCCUUCAACUACGAGAAGAGGGACGUCGACGACUUCAUGGACCAGGGCUUCUACUACGUCAAGCUGGACGGGUGCAACAUGCGCGACGACACCGAGGAGACGUACCACGACAUCUUUAACCGCUGGCCCAAGGUGAUCCGCCAGGCCUCCGUCGACCGCAAGGAGACGGCCAUCAUGGCCCUUUCCAGCUCGGCGCCGGCCUACUUCGCCUACCGGAGGAACCUGACCGACUGGUACCGCGCCGUGGCCUGGGCCUCCGAGUACAGCCAGCUCGCGCGCCACUCGGCCGACGUGGCCACGUACGGCGACGGCAGCGCGUGGAAGAGCAUCAUGCACAGCUUCGACCAGAGCCUGCGCCUGGGCCACUUCCAGCGGCCCGGCUUCUACCUCGACCCCGACGUCCUCCUCCCCGACCACCCAUCGCUGAGCCUGGAGGAGCGGAAGACCCAGUUCGCGCUGUGGUGCAGCAUGUCGUCGCCGCUCCUCUUCAGCGCCGACGUGCCCAGGCUCGACCCCGACACGCUCGCCUUCCUCACCAACAAGGACCUCAUCGCGGCCGACCAGGACGACCUGGCCCAGCCCGCCACCCUCGUCAGCCGCGACUCGAACUGGGACGUGCUCGCCAAGAACCUCGAGAACGAGGAGCGCCUCAUCACCGUCUUCAACCGCGGCGACACCUUCGCCAGCCUCAACGUCUCGUGGUUCCGCACCGGCAUCACCCCCAAGCUCACGGGCAACGGCAACGUGCGCGUCACCGACCUCUGGACCGGCGAGGUCUCCUUCCUCCCCGUCUACCUGCGCUUCCUCAACGUCACCAACGUGCCGCCUCACGGCACCGCCGUCUACCGCCUCCGCAGCGCCAGCGUCAUCACCCCCACCGGCCACAUCUACAACGCAAACACCUUCAACUGCCUGACCGACGACCCCUCGGGCUACGUCAGGUGGGCCGUCUGCAACGGCUACGACAGCCAGGUCUGGCGCGUCCGCUCCGACGGCCACAUCUACAGCCUGCUCCGUCCGCGCGACUGCCUCGUCGAGCUCGAAGGCACCGUCGUCACCCGCAAGAACAGCUGCCACCACCACCCGUGGACGUACAAGACGUCGGGCAACCUCGUCAACAACGUCUCGGGCAAGUGCCUGACCGAGGGCGCCGACGGCAGCGUCACCACCGAGGGCUGCGGCUACCUCCUCAACGAGCAGAUCUUUGUUCUGCCCGCCGGCAUCGAGCUCGGCGGCUGGUAG